GCCAACAGAUCAACCUCUUGUGAUGGCUGAUGAGCUACUGCAGAAGAGGCCGGUUCAGUCCUCCUCCUACGUGUCUGGUGAUGGCUCUAACCUGGAGUGGGUGACCUGGAACAACUCUCUCCCAAACGAUGCAGUUUCAAUUUACAAUCAUUACUUUUAUCGCGUUGAUUAUGUCUGCAAAUACAUGUGUGAGGCUGGCUUUUAUACCCCCAGCAUGGGUUCUUAUUGUCACUAUCCCAAUGGAGGAAGAGUAAGUGCUGGUUCUCCGUUUGAGAUCCUGGUGAACAAAAACAACUUUGAGAUCCUGGAGUGGAAAUGGGAUUUGUAUGGUUCAGUGCCCCAGAAUUCAGUCAGAACCUGCUCAAAGGGGAAUAUAUAUGUAGGUAUGGACAAAUAUGGACUUGGGAAGGUUGCUACUAGAGAGAAGCACUUCUACCUGCCAUGGAAGAGUUCUGUAUAUCGGUACCAUUCGUACCAGGUCCUGACCGUCGAUAAGGAUAUAACCAGCCAGCAGGUCUACGAUGUCAGGUACAUCACUGAUGAGUCUAAAAUCUUCCACUAUCCUCCAGAGAUCAUGCGGAAAACAUCUGUCAGUAACUACGAAUGCCGCUCAGUGGUGAAAACAGACACACUUUCAAAAACGGAUCAGGUGGAGCACAGGUGGGACAUCUCCGUUUCUGUCACAGUUGGUGUUCAAACGACCGUCAAAGCCGGCAUCCCUUUGAUCGCCUCUGACAGUUAUACGUUCAGCAGCGAGGUGUCGUUCCAGUACUCCAAGGGAAAGACGGUGACUGAGGCCACCACCAGUACAGCUUCUGUGCAGGUCACAGCCCCGCCCAACAGCUCCUGCAUGGUUAAUAUGGUGGAGUAUAAGUUCAAAGUUAACAUGCCGUUCACGGCAAGCCUCAGACGCACCUACGCUAACGGGGAGAUCCACACCACGUCCAUCACCGGGACGUAUGAAAGCGUUCAGGUUGGAGAAGUCCGGGCCGUGGCGGACCGAUGUGAACUUCUAGACGACGCCAAGCCUUGCAUAUGAUAUGCAAAGAGCCCUGUGUAGUUUAUAGUUUUAGUACAAACACUUUGGUUAUUGGUUGGAAGAUUUUUAACUUUCACAACCAGAAGGCCU